AUGGAGUUUGGCGCCAGAAAGGAAAAGGAGGGACGGCGCCUGUGGUAUGGCCAAGCGUUCAAUUUAGAUGAAGCCUCUGAAUGGCUUAAGAACCUCUCUCUCAUUGGCUGUCCAGGUGAAAAGUCUAAAGCUACGAGCAUCAACCCGCACACAUCUACACUCAACACUCUGAUUGCGAGGGGAAAGACAAAGCGUGCCGCCAGGACAUCUACAUCGUAUGAAGGCAAGGCUUCCCAGCACGUCAGCUUCUCCGUCUUGGGCAAUGGACACCCACCCAGAAUCAUUGCUAUGGAAAGGAACCUGGAAGGCCAGCAUACGGCUGCAACCCGUGAACGCUUCAUGAUGUGCGUCAACUCGUCUGUGGCACGGCGUGAUGCCUUGCCAGAGAGCAUGUUGGUGGCUGACCCAGAUUUGCUCGCAUUUACAUGGCUUCCCCUGACUACCUUGCAAGCUGCCAUUUUCAAGCGGGAAGGCGUUGUCAACAACCCGGAAUACUUCGCCAACUCCGUGGCUGAAUCGCAGGAUGCUGACCAAGAAGGCUACCCCAUCGCCUUUCCCGAUGGGGUCCCUUCACGGAUUCGCUACAAGGUGCAAACCGAUGACAGAGGACAAAACCUGGGAAUGCAGACUGAGUUCCGUAUUUCGGGCCGAUGGCAUAUGAAGGAUCCCACUGACCGCAUCCAGCGGCGCAAAAUGUGCGAGCAUCCACAGUUGGAGGCGCUGCAUGCUGGGGCUGCAGCGCAUCAUGGACAAAUGUCUGCCGCCAUUGCUGCGCUGGCGCUGGCCAGUGGCUCUGGCUCUUUCGAUGCUGCUGGCAACCUUAUGGUGACUGCUGAGCAUGCGCAGGUGGCCAGUCGGCUGGUCGAGCUCAACCUUCAGAUUCGGCGCGCUUUCCGCGGCCCCUUGCCACCUUCUGGGGAGAGGCCAGCUGAUAGCGACAGUGAUCCAGAAUGCAUUGCCAAGCCAGUGCACGGUUUUGGUUCCUUUGCCGCGCCUGCUGCUACCCAGCCAUGUCCAGCCCUUCACACAGACGAGGCGAGCGUGCCCGUCGCAGAGGCAGCGGUUGAAGAGCCCGACCAUCAACCUGUACCUGUCCCUUUGGCGGAAACGGAGCCUGAAGAUGAGCGUGCAGAAGAUGUUUCGGAGGCGGCUUUGACGUUUGACCAACUCUUGCCAGAAGAACAGUUCUUCCAACGAGGCCUGGGUGAAGGAGACGCGAUGAUCUUUGAUGAUAGCAAGUUCAAAGACCAAGCCCUCCUCCGGAAAGUUUUGUUGAGCGGGCAGAGCGAGCUCAAGCUCAGUCGUGUUGUCGACCUGUACCACCAUGGUUGA